AUGGGGCGCAAGAAGCUCGGCGUCGUGAGUCUCGCACUCAUCACGUACUUUAACGUAAGUGGUGGGCCAUGGGGGUCGGAGCCCAUUGUGGCCGCGUGCGGGCCGUUUGUCGGCAUCAUGGCGACACUCGUGUUUCCGUUUAUCUGGUGUCUGCCAUUGGCCUUGUCAUUCGCCGAGUUGUUCUCUGCGUUCCCGACUGAUUCGAGCUUCUGCACUUGGGUGGGCAAGGCUUUCGGUCGUCGCAUGGGGUUCCACGUAGGGUAUUGGAGCUGGGUUUCAGGCGUGAUCGACAACGCCAUCUACCCGUGUCUAAUGGUAGAUUCCGUCUACGCAGUGCUAAUGGGACCUCACGAGCUGCAUUCCUUCAUGGUUCCUACCUGGAUGUACCUCGUUAGAGUUACAGUUGCCACCGUAUUCAUGUUACCGACGAUUUUCAGUAUCGACGCAGUCGGCCGCUUCCUCUUAGUACUUGGCCUUGCAAUGGUCGCUCCGUUCGUCGUACUGGUAGUCGUGAGUGUCCCUCAGAUUCAUCCGGCCAAUUGGUUUGUCGUCAGUGCCGCUCCACAAUGGAGUCAACUCGUUAGCGUCCUCUAUUGGAGUUACAGUGGCUUCGACGCGGCCGGAGCUUACGCGAGUGAAAUCGACUCGCCACGGCAAACGUAUCCACGGGCCAUGAUGCUCACUGUCGGGUUAGUGGCUCUCACAUACUCCGUCCCAUUCCUUGCAGCGUCGGGUGUCAACAAGCCGUCGUACAGCUUAUGGCGCGAUGGAUACUACCCUAUGAUCGCCGAGAAAAUCUCCGGACCAGGAUUGCGUACCUGGUUCCUCGGCUGUGCGCUGCUAGGAAACCUAGGCGUCUACAUCGCCAAGAUGACCAAGAACGGCUUCCUGUUGGCCGGUAUGGCCGAUCUCGGGCUUGCUCCGAACUUCUUCAUCAAACGUACAGCCUCUAACGGGGUUCCUCGCCGAGCUAUCCUGCUCUCGCACGGCAUCAUCGUCUUCAUGGCGUUGUUUGACUUCAACAUCAUCUUAGGUGUCGACAACUUCCUGUCCUCCUUGGCUUGUGUCACUGAGCUCUGCGCUGUCGUCCGGUUACGGUAUACCAUGCCUACUCUUAUACGCCCGUAUAAGGUCAACAUCUCGGAUCGAGGACUACUCAUCGCCAUGGCCAUCCCGUUCUCCAUCGGGUCGUUCGUCAUGCUCAACGAACUCACCAAGUCAACGCUCAGCCUGACACUCAACGUCAUCGCAUUGGCCAGUGGACUAAUGUGUCACCAAUUCCUGCACCGACCUCCAGCAUCUGUGUAUACACCAUUAGCGGCUGCUAUACAGCUCGAGUUGGGUACGCCAGCACCCGGAGGAGGAACCUUCAGCAUUGUUACACCCGCGUCGCCGUCCACGCUGGAACAACAGAAAGGCGUGUAA